UCUGACUGGGCCUUUGUGUCUUUCCUGUUUGUUCUGGGGUGAGGUUGGUUUUCACAGCUCCUUCUCCUUUUCGCUGGGAAGUCCAGGUGGCUGUACCACAGUCUCUGUCACCCUGUGACCAGCAAGUACUGAGAGGUUUGUAGGGAGGACGCCAGGACGCCGCAGAAAUCAGGAAAUGGGACGGUUGACAUUCAGGGAUGUGGCCAUAGAAUUCUCUCCAGAGGAGUGGGAAUACCUGGACCCUGCUCAGCAGAAUUUGUAUAGGGAUGUGAUGUUAGAGAACUACAGCAACUUGGUCUCUCUGGAACUUGCUGUGUCUAAGCUGAACCUGAUCACCUUUUUGAAACACAUGGAAGGACACUGGAAUGUGACAAGAGGAGAUUCAGUAGCCACACACCCAGCACUACAUAUGAACAGAAGCAAUAACCAGUCUUUGGAAAGCCCCAGAGAAACCCACGACAUUGCAUAUAGAAUUGGAUUAAAUGUUCAGUCAAAUAUUUCUGAAGAGCAGAAAUUUGAAAUUGUAGAGAAUAUUUCUAAAUGUGAUCAAUUUGAUGGGUCCUUUGUUAAAAGUUUGGUAUUCCUCCACCAACAAAUAAUACAAUUUUGUGCCAGAAUCAACAACUUUGAUCAGUAUAAUAAGGUGUUUACCCAAUUGUCAUUGCUUAAUCAAUAUCAAGGAAUGGAUAAUUGGGGAAAACAUAACAUACCCAAUAAAACUUUGAUGUCCUUUAUCAAGGGCACUUUGCUAAAUAAUUACCAAGAUAUACAUAUUGAUGAAAGCAAUCAUAAAUGCAGUGAAUCUGAAAAGACCUUGAACCAAGACUCUUGCUCAAGAAAAUAUCAGAAAUCUCAAUAUCCAGUGAUUCAGUACAAAUAUAAAAAAUGUGACAAAGUCUUUAAUCAAGAUUUAAGGCUUGUUAAUGAUGAGAAUACCCAUAUUCAGGAGUAUUCUUACAAAAGUAAUGAAUAUGUAGAAGCUUUUUCCUCUUCAGAGAAACAUUCUCAAAAUCAGGAAAUUCAUAGUAGAGAAAACUCAGAUGGAUGUAAUAAAUGUAACAACUUUUUUACCCAGUCAUCCAAUCUAAGAAAAUGUAACAUAAUUUGUUCUGAAGAAAAUAUGUGCAAAUGUAAGCAGUGUGGCAAAACUUUUAACCAGAGUUCACAGCUUCAAAAACAUCAGAAAAUUUGUACUAAAGGUAAAGAAGGUAGUGAAUUCUGUAAUCGUUCCUCAAAUCUUACUGUGCACCGAAGAAUUUUUACUGGGGAGAAAUGCUACAAAUGUAAAGAAUGUGGCAAAGCCUUUAACCAUAAUUCUGGGCUUAUUCAACAUCAGAGAAUUCAUUCUGGAGAAAAGCCUUACAAGUGUAAGGAAUGUGGGAAGGGGUUUAACUGUAGUUCAAACCUUACUCAGCAUGAGAGAAUUCAUACUGGAGUAAAACCCUACAAAUGUAAACACUGUGGCAAAGCCUUUAACUGUAGUUCAAAUCUUACUCAACAUCAGAGAAUUCAUUCUGGAGAAAAACCCUACAAAUGUAAAGAAUGUGACAUGUCGUUUACUCAGUUGGGAAGCCUUAGACAACAUCAGCAAGUUCAUACUGGAGUGAAAACUUACAAGUGUAAAAAAUGUGGAAUAUCCUUUACUCAUUUGAGAAGCCUUAGACAACAUCAGAAAAUUCAUACUGGAUUGAAACCACACAAAUGUGAAGAAUGCAGCAUUUCCUUUACUCAGAUGGAAAGACUAAGACAACAUCAGCAAGUUCAUACUGGAGUGAAACCCCAUAAAUGUGAAGAAUGUGGCACAUCCUUCACUAAGCUUUCAGUCCUUAGACAACAUCAGAGAAUUCAUACUGGGGAAAAGCCCUACAAAUGUUCAGAGUGUGGCAAAGCUUUUAACUGUAGUUCAAACCUUACUCAACACCAGAGAAUUCAUAGUGGAUUGAAACCCCACAAAUGUGAAGAAUGUGGCAUAUCCUUUACUCAGCUGGGAAGCCUUAGACUACACCAGCAGAUUCAUACUGGAGUAAAACCCUAUAAGUGUGAAAAAUGUGGCACAUCCUUUACUCAACUGGGAAGCCUUAGGCAACAUCAGCAAAUUCAUACUGGAGUGAAACCCUACAAAUGUGAAGAAUGUGGCAUAUCCUUUAGUAGGACUUCAAUCCUUAGGCAACAUCAGAGAACUCAUACUGGGGAAAAGCCCUACAAAUGUUCAGAGUGUGGCAAAGCCUUUAACUGUGGUUCUAGCCUUACCCAACAUCAGAGAAUUCAUACCGGGUUGAAACCCUACAAAUGUAAAGAAUGUGGCAAAUGCUUUAACCGUAGUUCACAUCUUACACAACAUCAGAGAAUUCAUAAUGGAGUGAAACCUUACAAAUGCAAUGAAUGUGACAAAGCCUUUAACUGUAGUUCACACCUCACUCGACAUCAGAUAGUUCAUACUGGAGGGAAACCCUACAAAUGUAAAGAGUGUGGUAAAUCCUUUACCCAGUCUUCAGGCCUUAGACUGCAUCAGCGAAAACAUUCUGGAGUGAAACCCUACAAAUGUGAAGAAUGUGGCAUAUCCUUUAGUAGGUUUUCGAUCCUUACUCAACAUCAGAGAAUUCACACUGGAUUGAAACCCUACAAGUGUAAAGUAUGUGACAGAAUCUUUUAUUGUAGUUCACAUCUUACUCAACAUCAGAGAAUCCAUGCUACAGAAACUCUGUAAAUAUAAUACAUGUCAAAAGAGUUAUGUCUAGGCUUGGUACCAGUAGCCCAGUGGUUAUGGUGCCGGCCACAUACAUCCAGGCUGGUGGAUUUGAACCCGGCCCAGGCCAGCUAAACAACAGUGACAACUGUAACAAAAAAUAGCCAGGCACUGUGGUGAGCCCCUGUAGUACCAGCUACUUGGGAGGAUGAGGCAAGAGAAUAGCCUGAGCCGAAGAGUUUGAGGUUUCUGUGAGCUGUGAUGUCACAGCACUCUACAGGGGGUGACGACAUAGUGAGACUCUGUCUCAAAAAUAUAAAAUAAAAGCUCGGUGCCUCUGGCUCAAGUGGCUAAGGUGCCAGCCACAUACACCUGACCUGGCAGGUUCAAAUCCAGCCUGGGCUCGCCAAACAACGAUGGCUACAACCAAAAAAUAGCUAGGUGUUGUGGCAGGUGCCUGUAGUCCCAGCCACUUGGAAGGCUGAGGCAAGAGAAGUGCUUGAGCCCAGGAGUUGGAGGGUGCUGUGAGCUGUGAUGCCACGGCACUCUACCCAGGGUGACAGCUUGAGGCUCUGUCUUUAAAAAAAAAAAAAUAUAUAUAUAUAUAUAUAAAAUAAUUACAGAAGGAGUUCUGUCUAAAAAGUAUAAGUUAGAAAUCACCAUUGGGGGUGGAGGGGAAUCACUAUAGAGUUCAUAGGAAAUAAACUUUAGUCUGUGUAUCAGAGGGUUCAGCACAAGUAAAAACUAAACCAGACAUUCAGAUUUCCCCGGACUAUUUAGAAAAUGGUGUGAAAUUGAAACAUUUAGAUAAUUUAUUUGAUUAUAUUUUUAAAAAGGGCAAGAACAUUGAUGUUUUGACAGGUAUAAUUAUAUCCAAUGGAUAAUACUUGAAAUUUUUCAAAUGUAAAUAUUAUUGUGUUCUCAAAUUAUGCAAUGUUGUACUUUAAUCUGUAGUAUAUAUAGGAAAAUAGGUUCCUCUUGUUUCUCCAUAAGAGGUAUGAAAGGCCAUUCAAAAUUAUGUGAAUGUGAUUAAUAACAAUUUUUCUUCAAAAUUUUAAUGGCAAAUGUAAUAUACAUUAAGAAAAUCUAAAGAAACAUGGUAUGUGUACUUGAGUUAAAAAAUGGUACAUAUAAGCAUACAGCAUCAUACUGACGGCAUUUCUAUAUAAAAGGGAAACAUUCUGAAAUUUCAACAUAAAUCAUUUUAUCAGUUGCUCCUUAUGUAGUAAAAUAUGAUUAGUUAAAAUACUGAGAAAUCGUUAUGGUAGAAUAAAAUAGAAGUUUUGAGUAUAUUUUAUGUAUUAUAGGAAAUAGAAAUUUUGAAUUUUGUUUUUUUUUUUUUUUUUUGAGACAGAGUUUCAGUAUGUCACCCUAGGUAGAGUGCUGUGACAUCACAGCUCAUAGCAACCUCAAACUUUUGGGCGUAAGCGAUUCUCUUGCCUCAGCCUCCCAAGUAGCUGGGACUUCAGAUGCCUACUGCAAUGCCCAGCUAUUUUUUAUUGCAGUUGUCAUUGUUAUUUUAGCUGGCCCUGGCUAGGUUUGAAUCCACCAACUUCAGUGUAUGUGGCUGGUGCUAAGCCAGGAAUUUUGAAUUUUGUUUGAAAUAAAAACAUCUUCACAGUUAUUAGAGGGAAGGGACAAAAACUCCUGUUUAAAAGUUUGUAUAUAUUUUUAAAUCCAUGUGCACUAAAUAAUUAGCCUCACUUUUUAAAAUUAAAGAAAGCAUAACUCUAGGUUUACUAUCUUAGAGAAAACAUAAUUUUCUUAACUGCUUGUGACCAGAGAGCAUAAAGUGGAUUUUAAAGUGCUUUAUUUAGCCUAUGAGUUGUUUGUUUUGAUUAAUAAAACUAAAUGGUUCUUAAUUUUUUUUUUCUUUUUGUUGAGAGAGAGUUCUUACUCUAUGCCCUGAGUAGAGUGCAAUGGUGUGGUAGCUCACUGUAACCUCAGACUCAGGCUUUGGGUAUCCAGCUGCCUUAGCCUCUAAAGCCGCUGGGAUUACAGGUGCUCGCAGUGGCGCCCGGCUGGGUUUUUCAGUUUUUUUUUCAUGAGUCAGAGUUUCACUCUUGCUCAGAUAAGCCUCGAACUCCUGAGCUCAAGCUGUCUUCCCGCCUCAGCCUCUCACAGUGCUGGGAUUAUAGAUGUGAGCCACUGCAUCCGGCACUUUUUAAUGUUUUGACACUAGUGUACAAUGAAUGAAAUGUUACCCUGCUAACAAUGUUAAACUAUCUUAUCAGGAUUGUAGUUAAACAAAGCUGGGCAUGGUGGCUCACGCCUGUAAUCCCAGCACUUGGGAGGAUGAGGCGGGUGGAUUGCCUGAGCCCAUAGGUUUGAGACCAGCCUGAGCCAGAGUAAGACCCUGUCUCUUAAAAAAUAGCCAGGUGUUGUGGCGGGUGCCUUUAGUCCCAGCUACUUGGGAGGCUGAGGCAAGAGGAUCACUUGGACCCAAGAGUUUGAGGUUGCUGUGAGCUAAGACACCAUGGCACUCUACCAAGGGUGACCAAGUGAGACUCUGUUUCAAAAAAAAAAAAAGAUACUGUAGUUAAAAAAUAAAAUCAUGUAUUAUUGGGUAGCAAAGUGGAAUGAGUUUUCUGGCAAUCUGUUUCUGAAGACUAAAGUUUCAAUAAUUUUAAGAAUGUUGUCAUAGUUAACUGUUUUGUAUAUAUUUCUCCUUUUUGUAGCUAUGGAAAUACUUUGAUGGUUAUAAUAAAGGUUAUGUAAGAGUAUAUCAUUUAAAUCCGUAUCUUUAAAUCCUAAAUCACUAUUAAUAGAAUUUUACCCAAUAUUUUUCUUUGCACAUGGCACUUUUCUGGGCCAGUGAUGUUUGGAGAUGGUUUUGUUUUGAUUAAUAUUGACUGCAAUAUGCAAUAUAUCAAGUAAAAAAUAAACAUCGUGCAAGAAAAGUAUA